AUGGACCGUGUUGCCGCGCCCACACCGUCGUCAUCCUCUUCGCCUGCUCUUGAACCGAUUGUGCUCUCAGAUGACUAUGUUCAACGAGCACAACCUGAUGAGCUCCGCGCCAUCAUAGCUAGUCUGACGGCUCUAUUGCAAGAAGCUCGAACAGAUGCUGCGCAUCAUAAACUGCAAUAUCGUAUGCUUGCAAUUGAGAGUACCGAAGCAAUGGAGCGCAUCCAAGUCGAAAUGGCCAUGGCUCAGCGCGAGACAGACCUCCUCAAUACCGUCGAGGCUGUAGAGGCACGCAUUGUUUCUGCACCUCAGAAACCCGAUCAAAACAUUCGUCAUGUUCAUGCCGAUAUCUGGGAUUCGUUAAUCAAGGAGACGCAUAGUCUCAAAUCUCAAAACGCUCAACUUGAGCAACUCGUAUCACAACACAAGCGAAUGGUCGUGCAGCAAGAGAGCGAGAUUGCAACGCUAAACGACCGCAUUUCUCUCUAUCGCGAGCGCCUUCGCGAGAACCGUUCUCAUCUCAAUCGUUAUCGUCAUGCCGCUGGAUUUCUCGAUUCACCGCAUAAGAGCCAUUCCGCUCAAUCAACUCCUUGGUCUGCUCGUCAGCGCAAUCAACCACCCUUUGCCGCUUUACUGCAUGCUUCUGAUCUCAUGAGUGAAAGGGGCUCAGUGUCACCCCGUACUCCUAGACGAAAGCGGGCUAUUUCGAUUACUCCAAUUCCUUACCAAACUCCUCAAACAUUGCAGUCAACACGCCAUCUUCAGGUACCGCAAACAGCUCCACCAUUGCGCGGUCCCCAGUUCCAACCCUUUGAUCCUACUCAACCACUUUCUUCGCCCAGACGUCAGACGCACAUACUUGAACAAGUGUUGGCGGCGGCAGAGGACAGCGAGGCUGAGACCGACGUGCCCGACGAUGAUGUGGCGGUCAACUCAAGCAGUCUCCCUCGAACUCCUACACGUGCCCAGAAGACUUCCGUCAGGAUUCCGUCGAAUGCCGCUCAGCAAAGGCUGUUCGGCCCAGUGAGAAAGCCUAGCAUACAACAGGACGCACGCGAGGCAUUGGCCAAGUUUACCGAAUCAAGACAGACACAUGUCUCGAGUACGGAAAGAGUCGACAUGACUCGCUAG